ACGGCCUCUGGCUGCGAGUCUGCGACCCCAUGGCCGUAAACGUGGAUUGCGUCCGAUUCCCAUCUCCAUUGGCCUGCUACAGGUCAAUCACACCAACUUCAACUUGGAAUUCCAAGUUGAAACUUGAGCGAUUCAACAAAGUAUCGUCCUCAUCCGCUUGUACAUCAUCGUCAAACGAUCUACCAACCCAACUCAAUCAUCAUUCUUCAUCUCCAUCUCCAUCUCCAUCUCCAUCUCUUUCCGGGUGAAAAUCUUCCUGUUCCCGUCUGCUACCGUUCAGGGAGGAUGUCUGGAAACGAUCUCGAAGAAAGGAAAAUGCAGCCUUCAUCUAAUUCUUCUGCACCCAAGGUUGACCCUGGAAAACCUGCCCCACUGACUUUCCAACAGAAAUUGAAUUAUGAUGAUACUGUUCCUCCAGAGUUCGCCUUAACUUUGCGAGAAAAGAUGCAUAUGGCUUUAUUCAUUUUAAGGCUUAAGCAGCAUCUGAAAGAAGAAACUGCUAAAGGAAGGGUUCCUUUAGCUGAUCUUUUCACCAGGCAGGUCACAGUACAUCAUGGUAUUCCUCUAGGUGGUAUUGGUUCAGGAAGCAUUGGAAGAAGUAUCAAAGGCGAGUUCCAACGCUAUCAGCUUUUCCCUGCAAAAUGUGAAGAUGGCGCUGUUCUAACAAACCAAUUCUCAGUUUUUGUUUCACGCCCAAAUGGAGUCAAAUAUUCUACUGUACUGUGCCCUGAGAGGUCAGAAGUGUCCAAAAAAGGUACAGGUUCAGGCAUUGAAUCAUGGGACUGGAACCUUGAUGGAGAGAGAUGCACAUAUCAUGCUCUGUAUCCAAGAGCAUGGACUGUGUAUGAUGGUCAACCUGAUCCAGAACUCAGUAUCACUUGUCGUCAGAUUUCACCAUUCAUUCCCCACAAUUAUAAGGAGAGCAGCUUCCCUGUGGCAGUAUUUUCAUUCACGCUUUCAAAUUCAGGAAAAUCUGCUGCUGAUGUCACCUUGCUUUUCACAUGGGCUAAUUCAGUAGGCGGGGACUCAGAAUUUUCUGGUCAUCACUUCAAUUCAAAGAUUAUGAUGAAAGAUGGCAUACAUGGAGUACUUCUGCAUCACAGAACUGCAAAUGGACACCCUCCAGUCACUUUUGCAAUUGCUGCUGAAGAGACACCUGAAGUUCAUGUCUCAACAUGUCCUUGCUUCUCAAUAUCUGGAGAUUCCCAGGAAAUUACAGCAAAAGACAUAUGGAAUGAGAUAAAGGAGCAUGGGUCAUUUGACCACCUCAAGUGCAGUCAAGAUUCCAAGCCUUCAGAACCAGGGUCAUCUAUUGGAGCUGCCAUAGCAGCCUCUCUGACUGUUCCUCCUGGUACAGCCCGUACUGCCACAUUCUCACUAGCGUGGGCCUGCCCUGAAGUAAGGUUUCCUAGUGGAAAGGCUUAUCAUAGGCGGUACACAAAAUUUUAUGGCACUCAUGGGGAGGCAGCAGCAAGCAUUGCACAUGAUGCUAUCCUUGAGCAUGCCCAUUGGGAGUCUCAGAUUGAAUCUUGGCAGAAGCCAACUAUGGAGGAUAAAAGGCUUCCUGAAUGGUACCCCAUGGUCCUUUUCAAUGAGCUCUAUUACCUUAAUGCAGGGGGGACAAUCUGGACAGAUGGAUUGCCUCCAAUGCAAAGCCUUGCAACCAUUGGCGAGAGGAAAUUUACCCUUGAUAACUCCAGACUCAUGUUUGACAAAACAAUUAAGAUUCCCCACCAAAAUGACACUGCUGUUGAAAUUCUAGGGAGGAUGUCAUCCACACUUGAACGGGUACAUGGUCCAAUAGCAUCAAACUCUGCUUCUGGGACCAGUUUGCUUCAAAAUGGAGGAGAGAACAUUGGUCAGUUCCUUCAUCUGGAAGGGACUGAAUAUCAUAUGUGGAACACUUAUGAUGUCCAUUUUUAUUCAUCUUUUGCUCUCCUAAUGCUAUUCCCAAAACUUGAAUUAAGCAUCCAAAGAGAUUUUGCAAUGGCAGUACUAAUGCAUGAUCCAACUAAAAUGAAAAUUAUGAGCAAUGGAAAGUGGGUGCCACGUAAGGUUCUUGGUGCUGUUCCCCAUGAUAUUGGUCUGAAUGAUCCAUGGAUUGAAGUAAACGCAUACAACUUUUUCGAUACGGACAGAUGGAAGGAUUUGAAUUCAAAAUUUGUUCUUCAAGUUUAUAGAGAUGUGGUUGCUACUGGUGAUAAAAGUUUUGCACAAGCUGUUUGGCCCUCUGUGUUUAUUGCAAUGGCUUAUUUGGAUCAGUUUGACAAUGACGGUGAUGGGAUGAUUGAGAAUGGAGGAUUUCCUGAUCAGACAUAUGAUGCAUGGACUGUUAGUGGUGUGAGUGCAUAUUGUGGUGGCCUCUGGGUUGCAGCUCUCCAAGCUGCUUCAGCCAUGGCACGUGAAGUUGGUGAUAUUGCUUCUGCUGAUUACUUCUGGGCUAGGUUUCAGAAAGCAAAGGUUGUAUACAGUGAAUUAUGGAACGGUUCCUACUUUAAUUAUGACAAUGGCAGCAGUCAUUCAAGUCAAUCCAUUCAGGCUGAUCAAUUGGCUGGAAAUUGGUAUGCAAGAGCCAGUGGUCUUCUACCAAUUGCGGAUGAAGAUAAAGUAAGGAGUGCACUUGAGAAAGUUUACAAGUUUAACGUGUUAAAGGUAAAGGGAGGGACAUGCGGGGCAGUCAAUGGAAUGCUACCGGAUGGAAGAGUUGAUAUGUCUGCUUUGCAGUCAAAAGAGAUUUGGGCGGGGGUUACGUAUUCGGUUGCCGCUUCUAUGAUUCAGGAGGAGAUGAUGGAAAUGGCUUUCCAGACUGCGUCUGGAGUCUACGAAGUGGCAUGGUCCCCGAAGGGUCUUGGAUUUUCUUUUCAAACCCCGGAAGGCUGGACCCCGGAUUGCCAGUACAGAUCGCCGACUUACAUGCGCCCGAUGGCUAUCUGGGCGAUGCAGUGGGCUCUUACAAAGCCAAAGCUCUUCAGUCAGGAGACCGAAGUUGAAGUGGGCAAUGGCCCAAUUCAAGAUGUGCAGCAUGCAGGGUUUGCUAAAGUUGCGCAGCUUCUCAAGUUGCCAGAACAGGACGAUUCUAAAAGCUUUGCACAGUUAGUGCUUGAUUACAUUUAUAAGAUAUUGCCUGUUUGACACGGGAUAAUUGUUUACAACUCCCUGCUGUUGUAAAGCCUGUAAUGCAAACUUGAGGAUAGUUAAAAAAUUCAUGAUUCCCUUUGCUGGAGAUGUGGCAAUCUUGAACUUGCAUGUUAGAAGCAAUAAUUAAGACGGACGGAAGCAAGUGAUGCUUAGCCAGAGAAACAGAAAAAGAACAAGGAAGCAAAUGAUGAUGUGACUUGGAGUAA